UCAGUCGCGCGCCGCAUCACCACCACCACAUCCAUUGGGCUGCGAGCUUCAGAUGCGAGGAUAAAGAUGUCCUCCCCUCCCGCCUCUCCUGUCCCCUUCUGUUGGCCCUCCUCUCUCCAUCCUCAUCUCGUCCCCUCGUCUCCUCCCUUCCCGCUCUCCUCCUUAUCUCGUUGUCUCCCUGUUUGUCUGUUUGCUAUUGCUUGCAUAUUCUGGAAUCCAAAACAAAAAGUUAUACACCUAGAUCUCGACACACUGGUCUCGUUGAACGCGGCCAACCUGUCCCUGCUUCACAGCACCUCGUCUGCUUUUCACAACUCCUCACCCGCCCACAAAACAAAAUCUCAAACACCCAAGUCUCUGGAGCUGGCCUCCUUCCUCGCCCACGAAACACCUCCCAUAAUCCCAUAAUCGUGUCUUCUGAGACACAGCCGCCUCGCAGUCAACAUGACCACGUAUGAGAUCCCCUCUGCUACUCGCCUCACUUACACCCCUGCUCACACAACCCCCCUCAGUCUGGCAGCGGACAUGUCGUUCGACUUCAUCUUCCCCUCGUGCGAGCCGUCAACGCCGCCAAGCUUCUCCUUCGACCCUUCCCUCCUCGACCUGCCCUACCAACACAACCCGGGCCACAGCCGUAGCCGCUCCAACGGCUCCGUCUACUCCUUCGUCUCCGCUGCCGAGUCCACCCCGGACUCGGUGAGCACCCGCAUGACCACGCCCUCCCGCGCCUCGCCUCCCAUCCGCCAACAUGGGCCCCUUCUGCUCCCCAAGAUCCGCUCCCAGGACCAAGCUAUUGAGUCGCCCCCCAAGCGCAUCAAGACCUCACCCAAGUCCCGUGCCCCGACUCCCCGGCGGGCUACACCCUCCGCCCCCGCCACCAAUGCCGUCUUCCGCCCGGCUCACUCCCGCAGCUUCACCAACCCGGAGGCCGUCACAUGGAACAUGCCUUCCUCCUUCUGUAGCCAGCCCGAGGAGCCGUCCACCUCGUCCCUGCUCUGCUCGCCCGUCAUCUUCGCCGAUGACAUGCAGUCCCGCCGCGAAUCCACUUGCAGCCUCGAUGGCUCUGCUCUCGAGAAGUUCGGCUUCCCAACCUACCGCCAGAUGCCCUCAUACGUUCCCUCUGCUGCACCCCAACCUACCGCAGAGGCAUACAUGUAUCCGUCCUACACCCCUCGUGCGCCUUCUCCCCUUAGCUUGUCCACCCCGGCCACCCCGGACCCAACUCCCAGCACGACGCUUCUGACCUAUCUCACCGAGUCCAACCCGGCCCCUUCGUUGGUCCGCACUAUCUCCUUUCCUCUGCGGGACCCCAACACCAAGCACUUUUGGUGGGACGUUCGUCAAAUCCGCCCCUGGACCACCUUCAACGCCUCCUCCAUUCUCUCUCUCCCCGGCGCUGCUGCUCUCCUCAACUGCCCCGUCCCGGCGCCUCUUCUCCCCACCCCGGCCCAGACGGCACGUCAUCCGGAGACCGAAGCAGCCCUGCACAGCAUCUACGCCUCGCACUACCUCCCCAAGCUCAACGCCGCCCUCGCCAUCUCUUCCAACCGGCCCAUGCAGCUCUCCGUUCCUGCCGCUUCCGCCAACAGCUCUAAGCACUCCGACCUUCUCUUCACCGCCGCCCCUGCCGGGGAACCCGCCUCGGCGGCCCAGAUCUUUGGCGGCAAGCCCACCGCCCGCGUUGUCGGUCUCGUCCGCUCCUUCGAUCGUUUCAACACGGGCAUGCGCGUCGAGGGCAACAUCAAGCGCGUCGAGUACCUCCGCGGCCUCGCCGCCCUGCACCACGCCAUGCGCGAGCACUCGUGCCGCUAUGGCUUCAUCCUGACCGAGAUCGAGCUUGUCAUCGUUCGCAACGGGCCUGAGACGGUCCCUAACUUUGGCUUCCUCGAGGUCACCUCCGUGCAGCUAGGCGCUGUUGCCGACGACGCCGACUGCGAGGUUGGCGAGAUCCCAAUGACAGCGUGUCUCGCACUGUGGGGCCUCUGCAUGAUGGCCGGUGAUGACGCGCCGCAGGGGGGCCGCGUCGCGCACUGGAAGGCGGAGAUUGGCGCGCCCGCCGAGGGCACCAGGCGCAAGGCGCUGCCCAGGGACGACUGGAUGCCCAAGCCGCAGCUGGCGGAGAAACGAGAGGCCAAGAGGGCGAGGGGGUGGAUCAUGCCCGAGGACCCCGUCGGCAGGAAGGAAUUGGGCAAGAGGGGUGUGCGAUACGGUGCUUGCUGAGCUCCUCGUGCUACCUUCUCUCGGCAUUUGGUUUGAAAAGAAAGAAAGGUGGUUGGGGCGUUUGGGAAGAAUAUUGGCUGGUUCCAAUGUUCUCGGAUGGACACAGGGAAGGAAAGGGAAAAGGAUAACC